UUUUAUUGCUUUAAAAAAAAUUGGGCACCUGGGCAGCAUUUUGGUUCUAGCCUCUUAUCCAUGUCCUCCUGCCUAACAAGAACAUAAAAAAGAGGAAAUCUCCAUUUGUUAUUUUGGAUCACUGCUCACAGAAUCAUGAUUGCUGUUGGAAAAGAAAAAUGAAACACAAAUUGGCUCAGGUGUUUGAAUUCGUAGGUUGUCAUUCUACUUAGGAUUCCCCUCUGCCUACUAUUUCAUUAAUGUCGAUGUGGGACUCCCAUUAUGCCCCAUACACCAACCCAACUACGGCGUGGAACAACCAGCUCCGGCAGCUAUCGAAGCAACGGCAGUACAGAGAAGCUCUAACCCUUUACCGUCAUAUGCUCCGUUCUUCAUUCUUUCCCAACACCUUCACUUUCCCCUUUCUUUUCAAAUCAUGCGCCUUUCUCUCUCUCCCUCUCACUGCUUCCCAGCUCCAUGCACAUGUCAUCCGAACCGGGUCAAAACCCGACCCGUAUACCCGUUCCUCCCUCAUCAAUACCUACUCCAAGUGCUCCCUCCCUCACCAUGCGCGCAAGGUUUUCGAUGAAAUGCCGAAUCCCACCAUUUGCUACAAUGCAAUGAUCUCCGGCUAUUCCUUCAACUCCAACCCUCUUGAGGCUGUCAAGUUGUUUCGUCAAAUGCGGAGGGAGGAGGAGGACGGUUUGGACGUUAAUGGUAACGUUAGUGUUAACGCUGUUACACUGUUGAGUUUGGUUUCUGGCUGUUCCGUGGCUACCCAUUUGAAAAUCGGCUCGUGUCUUCAUGGGUGUGUUGUUAGGUUUGGGUUUGUGACCGAUUUGGCUGUGGCUAACAGUUUGGUCACUAUGUAUGUGAAAUGUGGGGAGGUUGAAGUUGCACGCCAAGUGUUUGACGAAAUGUUUGUGAGGGAUUUGAUUACUUGGAAUGCUAUGAUUUCUGGGUACGCGCAAAACGGGCAUGCUAGGAGUGUUUUGGAGGUUUAUAAUGAGAUGAAAUCGAGUGGGGUGAGUGCUGAUGCUGUUACUCUUCUGGGGCUUCUGUCAGCUUGUGCAAAUCUUGGAGCACAAGGAAUUGGUCGGGAGGUGGAGCGCGAGAUUGAGCGGUUAGGUUUUGAUUCUAAUCCGUUUUUGAGGAAUGCGCUUGUGAAUAUGUAUGCUAGGUGUGGAAACCUGACUCAGGCGCGCAAGGUUUUUGAUUGCUCGGGGGAGAAGAGUUUGGUUUCCUGGACGGCAAUCAUUGGUGGGUAUGGGAUCCAUGGCCAGGGGGCGGUUGCGAUAGAGCUUUUUGAUGAGAUGGUUAAGUCAGGCGUUAGGCCGGAUCAGACGGUAUUUGUGAGUGUUCUUUCGGCCUGCAGCCAUGCGGGGUUAACUGAUAGGGGUUUGGAGUAUUUUGAAGACAUGAAAAUGAAGUAUGGUUUGCAGCCUGGUCCGGAGCACUACUCUUGUGUGGUGGAUCUAUUAGGCCGUGCAGGUAGGUUGGAGGAGGCUGUGGAUCUCAUAAUGUCAAUGAAGGUGAAACCUGAUGGUGCUGUUUGGGGUGCCCUUCUGGGUGCUUGCAAGAUUCAUAAGAAUGUGAAGGUAGCAGAGUUGGCCUUUCAGCAUGUUGUUGAGCUUGAACCCAUGAAUAUAGGUUACUAUGUUUUGUUGUCCAAUAUAUACACUGAUGCUAACAACUUAGAGGGGGUUUUAAGAGUUAGAGUCAUGAUGAGGGAAAGAAAGCUCAGGAAGGAUCCAGGACACAGCUAUGUGGAAUAUAAGGGAAAAAUGCACCUUUUUCACUCGGGGGAUCUGAGCCAUCCUCGAAGUAAGGAAAUAUAUAGGAUGUUAGAUAAAUUGGAAAAUCUUGUGAAGGAGAUUCUUCCACCAGAUGAGAAAUGUCAAGGAAGAAGUGAAGAACUCUUAAUUGGUACAGGGGUGCACAGUGAAAAAUUGGCAAUUGCAUUUGCUUUGUUGAAUUCUAAGAGUGGAACAGAAAUUACUGUAAUGAAAAACUUGCGAGUGUGUGUGCAUUGUCAUUUAUUCAUUAAGUUGGUUAGCAAGAUUGUUAAUCGCCAAUUUAUUGUUAGAGAUGCCACUCGUUUUCAUCAUUUCAGAGAUGGGAUCUGCUCAUGCAAGGACUACUGGUGAAACCAAUGCAGCUCUAUUUAUAAAAAGUUGCUCUACUGGUGAAACUGUGAAUCCGCUCAGCUUGGAAAAGGAAACUGUGCAAUGGUUUUCUAUUCUAUAGAAUGAUGAGGCUAACUUCCGAUGAAGAACUAUUCUUUUUCGCAUACAAGACUCGCCCUGAAACCUUUAAGAAAGUCAAGCAUGCGCUACUUAAAUCAGUGACAAAAAGUGUAUGGCAUCCUUCAAUUGGCAAUAGCAUUUUUUUUCUCUGGC